UUCUGUCACUUCGUUCUCUGCCCGCAUUCGUCGUGACGAAAAUUAAAAAGUGCGGUGUCGUCGAUUGAGUGUGCCGUCGGUCUGUGGAAAUAAAAUGAUUUCCUCCCGUGCUUUCCUCCUGGGGCGAAUGCUACAGCGAGCGGCCAGUUCCCCGGUCACUAGAGCAGCCAUUCGUAACCAGUUUGUUCGCCACGGCCAUGACGUGUCGUACCGUAUGAACGGACCUAAGCCAGAGUUGCUGGCCCGUGUCGGUGCUCAAGCUGCCGGAGGCCUGAUGUGGUGGUGGAUCCUCUGGCAUCUAUUCCACGAAUACGAGCACAUUACGGGAGAGUUCGACUAUCCUGAUCCUUCUUCGUGGACCAAUGCCGAGCUGGGCAUUCCUUCAGAUGAUGAAUAAAUGUCUUCGUGCGAUGAAUCAUAGGAGUAAUUAAUUAUUUUAUUUAAGCUUUUGGAAGGCAUACAAAACAUGGGUUGAAUCACGGAAAAGUCAUCAUUUACUUUACCUGCAAUCUAAUUAAAGGCUUAUAAUGUAAAUAAAGAAUGAAUGAAUA